CGUUGGGAACUGGAAUGCCAACAUGGACCCGUGGCAAGGACGGGAUGUGAGCGUGCCACGACAAUAACAGGAAAAAUAAGGCGAAAACACGGAGAACCGUCGACGGCUCCGCUUCCCUCCUCCUACAGACACACGGGUUUUGGUCCAGCCCCCUGCCCUGCGAUGGUGUCCCUCAGCAGCCGGACACUGAGCGCGGAGACGGAGCUGUUCAGGGACAGCCUGUUCUCCCUCUGCCUCGGGGAUGGGGCUGACAGCCCUGAGGCCGGGCAGCAGCCCCACAGCCCCGGAGAGAACGAAGAGGAGGAGGAGGACGACGAAGAUGAAGGCAACCCUCUGCAUAUUUUUCUAGGUGCGGUGGAGGAAGAGGGACCGGCCUGUCAGGACCCCAAACUGCCUGAAUUCCCUUUCCAUCCCUCUUCCCCAUUUUCGCCCACUCUGGAGGAUAUCGAGGAGUUCCUGAAGGAGAAGAUGGAGGUUGUGAAGGAGGAGCUGCUAACUCCCAAAGAGGAACCCUCCCCUCUGCCGUGCACCUUUACUGACUCUUCAUCAUCCUCUGCAGCACCCAUGGCGGGCAUUGCAGGAACCAGCACUUCCGUUUGCACUUCCAGUCCUAAAAACGAGCCUGACCCUUCCCCUUCUGCCCCCCUGAACCCCUCCCUGCCCUCCCUGACCUCGUCGAUGCUCCUCAGAGCUCCGGUGGUCCUCCAGCUCCAGCCCUUACCUCUAGCCCAGCCUCAGCCCCCAACAGGUUCUCCUCCUGCAGCCCAAAGCGGUAUCUGGCUCACACAUCUGGUCAUGGGGCUCCAGGGGGAAGGGGCACAAAAUCUCACCCUGCUGGCCCCCCAGGUGUCCCCCACAACCACCACCACCUUGAUAUCCUUAAACAGUGGGGACAACAAGUCCGCUGAGCAGAAGUAUGUGAAGAUCGCCCCUCUGCCCAUCACCACCAGGACUCUAGAGAUCACGAGUGUGAUGGGGGUCGGGGGGCAGGCCGGCGGCCUCUUAAAGGCCGUUCCCCCACGGUUGACCAGGGUGCCGCCUACAGAGAGGGUCCACAAGUGCUCCCACCCUGGCUGUGGGAAGAUGUACACCAAAAGCAGCCAUUUGAAAGCUCACUUCCGCCGGCACACAGGAGAGAAACCGUACACAUGUAGCUGGCCCGAGUGUGGGUGGAGGUUCUCCCGAUCCGAUGAGCUGUCUCGCCACCGCCGCUCCCACUCUGGCAUCAAGCCAUACGAGUGCUCGCUGUGUGAGAAGAAGUUUGCUCGCAGCGACCAUUUAUCCAAACACACCAAGGUCCACCGCAGCUCCAGGCCCAGCAGGAUCCUCAGAGCCACCGUGUGACGCUCCGGGCUGGCCGGAACCGAGCCCGUCCAGGCGGCUGGGCCGGCCCAGAGUCCCGGUGUUUCUCAGGACUUUUGGUGCUUUACAAGCAGAACUUUUCAGAAGAUUCUGGAGAUCUGGUUGUUGUUUCUCCCUUUCUCUUCUUCCCUGCUGUUCUCUGAGUGAUCCGUCGCCUUAUUCAGAGCCAACAGCCACCGCGGAGGAAAAAAACACGAACUUCCGGCCUUCACAAGCACAUACCAGGAGACGGUCUUCUGGAACCACCGCUUGCACUACUGCUCCUGUAACCAAGCUACCUGGUGCUGUGUGGAUUCAGGAACAUCUGGAAUAAAUUCUUCUACUGAUGCUGUCAUCUCUCUUCCUUAAAGCCAUCAGGGUUCACGUGCAUGAGGCUUCCAAACGUCCCAUCUGCGUCAUGUGUUUGGAUCACAAGGCUCGGACGGACUCGAACCACCUGACGGUAAAAUUCUGAGUAAGCCUCCUCAGAACAAUGGAGUUUUCAGAGCUGUUUUGCAUUUUAACGACAAUCUAAUCAUCACUGAGCUGGAGGCUUUGCUCCAGUCUGAGACGAUGCUUUCUGCUUCCAGUGCUGGCCUUUACUGCAGUCAUCCAAUCACCAUCCACCCCGUCUGGACCCUUCUGCCUUUUCUCAGCCCCCCUCCAUGUCCUAAUCUCUUUAUCGAUGCCUUUGUCCAAAUCACAAAACCUCUCUUGAUCCUAUUGUUGUGCUCUUAUCAUAUGAUUGUUCUUAUUUAACUGUGACUGGUUGCCAAACCAGAAAUCCCCGUUCUGGCCCUGUGAGGGAGUGAAAGUGACGGUUUAUAAGCUCAUAGUUCUCUGAAAAUCGUGGCGCAGCCGACUUCUGUGGCCUAGACUCGGCCUGAACGUUGUGACGUGAAACACUGCUUUUUUUAUUAUUUACAGUAGCACUUACUGUAAAGUUAGUAGUUUAAACAGCUGGAACGGCAGCUAACUCAGUCUGGUUUAGCAGUUACUCAGAUAUUAAUGUGUACUGAGAACAAAGAUAACAUGUACAGCUUGUUGCCUUUAUGUAGAUGUGUUUGUUUUUAUUUGAAUCAAAGAGGAUUUUCAAACAGUGCAUUAAGCUAUUCGGUGGUGUUUCUGGAGAAGUUGUAGGUCCGUUCUGUGAGCUUGAUUGUAGCGUGAUCAAUGUGUGGAAUGUCAGGUUCUAGUCUGGGUUUGGACUUCCAGUCUGCCCAUGGACAAACCAUUAAGCUCAGUCUGCUGGUUGCAAGUGCACUUCUGUUUGCGGAACGUGAGAAACUGUCGCUGAGUUUUAACGGCAGUUCCAAGGUGGAGGAGAAAUGUAUGUAAUAGGCAGGUUUCAGUCAUGUGACCUUUUGCAGGCUGAUGUAGUUCUGGCGAACGAAGUGGUGGUCAAACAAUCCAAGCUGUAGAUAACAGCUUCCAUCUUAUCCAAGAAAGAUUCAAACUGGGAACUG